AUGGGACUUAUGAGCAACUACUUGAACGCGAAUAACAAAUUCAAACCGGAACCUGUAGUAAUAAAAAAUUUCUCAGUCAUCUUUACCUCAUUCUACGGGUCAAAGUCGCUAUUGCUGACGUACAAGGAGAAAGAAAAGUCAGAUUCUGCGGAAAAUACCAACGAGGAGGGCGAAGAUUCAGCACCACCGAUGAAGAAACGGAAACUAUGCCGUAGCAAUCGUGAUGCAGAAAACUACCUUCCUGGGCCUGGAGAACGUAAUGAAGAGUUGCAUGAAGAACAUUUUGGUAUUGUUAAAAUGAAAACAAUGGCGAGAAGAUAUUGUUGGUGGCCGGGCAUCGACAACGAUUUAGAAAAUUUAGCUAAGAAUUGCGAAAAUUUUAACUUAGUGCAAAACGAUCUGCCGAGAACACAAGCGCUUACGUGGAGGCCAGCUGAGCGGGCGUUCCAAAGAGUCCAUAUGGAUUACGCAGGGCCCUUCAUGGGACAUUACUUCUUCGUGUUGGUGAAUACGUUUUCAAAGUGGCCGAAAGUACUCAUUACAAAGAACAUAACGAGUAGUACAACAAUUAAAUGUUGCAGGCAAAUUUUUUCAACGUUUGGCAUAUCCGAGGUGGUGGUGUCAGACACCGGCCGACAUUUUGUAUCAAGCGAAUUUGGAAAUUUUCUCAAAUGUAAUGGCGUUGUACAUAAAACUACGGCACCAUUUCAUCCGGCGACAAACGGACAGGCGGAGAGAUUCGUUCAAACUUUCAAACAAAUGUUAAGAAAAAAAUUCCAGAACUUAUCAGCAAGUACGGAAGAUUUACAAGUAGCGUUGCAUCAAAUCUUACUACAUUACAGAAACCUGCCCCAUGUGUCGUUAAGUGAACCGCCAGCGGAGAGAAUGCUAGGGCGUAAAUUGCGUACACGAUUGGAUUUAUUGCUACCAACGCAGAGUAACAGCGAAGAUAGUAGGACUAAUUAUAAUGGCAAAUGUUGGAAGAAACACAUUAAUCAAAUUCAAAGAAUAAGCAAUAUUCCGAUAAGGAAUGCAAACAACACGAAUGAGGAUAUGUUCGACUACAGACCACCAAAUGUAAGCUCAAAUCCAGUAAAUAAUGCUAGAAACACAAGCGAAAACAAAAAUACGGAAAUUGUAAGAGAAACCUCAGAGCGACCAAAUGUGGACAAUACACCACGCAGAUCAGUGCAAAGAAAGAAGGUUCCAACACGUUACGGGGAACCAACCUCAUGGUAG